AUGAAGGACGUUUCGGCGGAGACCAUUGCUUACUCGUUCGGCCAAGUCGACUGUACAGAAAAUUACGAUCUGGUCGCGGAGUCGUUCCAGAGAUGCGGAGCGGGCGACAUGGCGCCCGAGCUUUGGAUCUCAAAACUCGCACUCGGUCCCAUUGACGCCUCAUACAAAGGCCUUGCUGAAGACGAUUAG